AUGGUGGACAACGUCGAGGCUACCGCCGCACCCGUGGCGGACGACGCUGGGGUGGCCGGGAAGCGGCGGAAGCGCGAGGACGACGACAGCGAGGGCGCGGCGGCAAAGAAGCGCAAGGGCGUCGACGGAACGGCGGUUGCGGCGGAGCCUGCGGCAGCAGCAGGAGCAGCCGAGAACGCCGAGGUUCCGGUGCCGAUGGUCGAGGCCAACGGUGCCAAUGGAGCCGGUGCUGGUGAUGCAUCUGGUGGCGAGGGUAACGACGACAUGUCUGCCGACGAGGUCGAGGCAAUGGAGUCACGUUACUCGGACGCGACGACCAAGCUGCUGACGGAGAAGAUUGCGCUGCUGGACAAGGAGAUUGCGCUGCUGGAGGACGGCUCUCACGAUGGAUUUGUGGCCGAGUGCGCCAAGCACAAGUCGGAUCGCGACGAGAAGGUCAAGCUCGCCGAGGCCUGGCGCAAUCUGCAGAUGGAAAACAUCAACAAUGUUUACCAGGCCGAAGUUGCCGAGGCCGAGACACUUUUCUCGUCGUACCAGGCCUCGCUCCGCAAGCGCAUGAUCGACGUUGUCGCCGAAAAGCGCAAGCGCGUCGAGGAGGAGCGCGCCCUCCACCUUGGCCAGUCGAUCAAGUCGUCGUCGGCCCGCACGCUCCGUAAGCGCGGCUCGAAGGCCGCCGAUGCAGCCGAGACCGCCACACCGCUGCCCGGUGGCGGCUCAACCUCGCUCGCCCCGGCCCCGCGCAUCUCGGGCGGGACCUCGUUUGCGCUGCAGGAGCAGGAGAUUCUCGAGGACCUGUAUCUUAUCCAGAAGAGCUACGAUUGA